AUGCCAAAGACAACUGACCCAAGUUUUUGGCAAUCUCCUGCGUACUCUUUGAGAGGCAAAAACGAUUUUCCAAUUUAUGUUUCGAGCCCCGGUCCGGUGUACAGUGUGGACCGGACGACACGGCAUGGCCGAUACACGACCGCCAAGGUCGACAUUGGAAUGGUUCUCGAUAGAAAGUCCAACGUACAGAGUCCAGGACCCGCCGCCUACUUGCCGUGCUAUCCGAAUUUGAAACGGGCGCCUACUCCAAAGUUGUUGUUACCCCUCACAGACGGAGAGAGAAACAUUGGUCCUUCACCCAACGCGUACACGUUGAGCAGCGAGCAUCGAUCGUCGAUCAAGAGUAGGCGAAAAGGAUACACAAUAAAAUGGAGGACCAAAGAAUGUGGCACCGGCGCAGUGAAUGCCGGAAGUCCCGGGCCGGCGGCUUACAGCUCGACGAAUGCGGACGUGUAUAAAUACCACGCGCCCGCCAAGACUUUCGGCAUACCGGUACGACCUACAGGCCAAGGCACAAAGACGCCACACGCGUACCUCAUCGUGUCCGCUAACGGAUGCGUUGAACGUUGCAAGCCGAAAAAAUUCACGUUCGGUGUGAGGCACCCGUACAAACACCCACCCUACGUGGUGCCAGCCGACAACUGUCCCAUAUGA